CCUCCGACGUUCGGGCAAAAAUAAAAGGCUAAAGGAAGAAGACACGGUCAGUUUACAACAAAACAGUAGAGCGACAGCAGGCUGCUGAAGAGGUGUCGAGACAAGGGGACCAAAAGAAGAUGCAAUCAGUGAUAAAACACAAUCUCCACUCUGAGAGUGAAGCAGCUAUCAAUAAGCUGAUCAACAUCAAGCUAACAGCAUCCUACACCUACCUCUCUCUUGGCAUGUAUUUUGACAGGGAUGAUGUAGCUCUGCCCAACUUCUCCAGUUUUUUUCUGGAACGCUCAGUGAAAGAGAGAGAGCAAGCUGAGAGUCUGCUGGAGUAUCAGAGCACGAGAGGUGGAAGAGUCCUUCUUCAGACCAUUGCGAAGCCAAGUCGUGAAGAUUGGAGAGGUGGCCAGGAUGCCAUCUCUUUCUCUCUUGAGUACCAGAAAUCUUUGAACAACUCUCUGCUUGAUAUCCACCGCAUAGCAGGGAAACACACUGAUCCCCACCUGUGUGACUUCCUGGAGAGCCAGUUCCUGCCAGACAGCCAUGACACCAUUAAGAAACUGGGUGACCACCUGAGCAGCCUGAUGCGUCUCACCUCCAGCGAGCCCAACGGCCACAUGGGAGAAUACCUCUUUGACAAACACACUCUGUGAAUGGGUUCCUAAUAGUUAUUAGGACCUCAACAGGCAUCAUUCCUUGAUGAAGAGUGCAAUAGUGUGAGCCAGAUGUUACUCCUGCCAAGUUUCAUACAGCAAAAAAAAAAACUGGAAAGACAGCCUCUCAACUCCUGUGUUAUAUUCUGUGGAGGCAAAGC